AUGAGAGGUGGUGACUCUUCGUGGUACAUACGACAGUUUCCUACUCACAGAUUGUCCAUUCGUGCGUUUAAAAAUGAGAAGGAUUGUAUCAUACUGGAGGAAGAUAAACCAAAGUCUAGUUCUAAGCCGUCAUCAGUAGUAGCACCAGCACCAGCACCACCAUCAUCAUCAUUGAAGCGUGCCUUUGUGGAUCGUGAACCUAGUCCUCAGUUCAUCAUCUCCAGUGAUGAAGAAGAAGAACAUGCCUCACCCCCAGUAGCAAAAUCACGAAGAAUAGAACUAAAUUGA